AUGUCUUGGUCCCAAGUCUCCGAUCGUCGUUGGGAGCGUCCCACCAAUGGCAUCGAGGGCUACUUCACCGUGGCCGGCGCCUUCUCAGCCUCGUUGAUGGAGGGCCGCCAUCACUACACCAUCUUCUCGCGCGUGUCGGUGGACCUGCCGUUCUCCUCGCGCGCCGAAGCCACCGAAGCCCUGCGCCUGGCCUGGCAGCAGCUGCGCUACGAGCAACCCAUGAUUGCCACCACCAUCGAGGGCCUGACUAAGGUCUACGAGAUACCGGAUGAAGCGGCUCUGACCCGAUGGUUGGAGACCACCUGCAUCGUCUCCCCGGCCGCCGACGCCGAGGCUCUGACGCGCAUCAUGACGCCUGUCCAGCAGGCCACGCUCUACUACCUGCCGGAAGCCUCGGAACUGGUCUUCCGCUCCCACCAUGCCCUGAUUGACGGGGUAGGCACGUUGAUGCUCUGGCACCGCUUCCUGUCCAUCCUCGCCGAUCCCCCUGCCGGUGGCCCUCCUGCUUUUGGCGACGAGCCGGCCCGCCUGGCCCCGUCCCUGGAGACCAUCCUCCAGCACCCGGUGCCUCCCAAGCCCGAGCUGGCGGCUCAAGGCGCCAAAUUGGUCCAGGAGUGCGUCCAGGCCAUGCCCGGCGUUGGACCCGUCAAUCGGGUGGGCACUGUGGCCGCAGGGCCCAUUCAGAACCGUGAAUGGGUGUUUCCUGAGCGGACCAGCGCCGCAUUAGUGCAGGCAUGCAAGGCCCAGGGGUUCAGUGUCUCCGCGGCGGUCCAAGCGGCAUACAUUCGCACGAUUGUCGCUCACGCGGACCCCGCCGCCCGGGCUGCAAGCACCCACCCCAACCGGUACGUGACGGUCAACUCGGUCAAUCUCCGCCCGAAACUGCCGGCCCCCUACAACACCAGCCAGUAUGCAGCAUCGCUGUACUACACCCCUUGGGGAUAUGUCAUCGAGGACAUCCCAGACUCGUUCAUCGAGACCGCCCGCAUCGUCGACCACCAUUACAAAACGCUGUUCGAUCCCGCCGUGAACCCCGACCACCUGGAGAUCAGCGGCUCGUUGACCCAGGCGCUGCGGGAUAUCGUGCAGACGCCCGAGUUUCUCACGCAGCCGGUGUCCCGCGAUGCCUUGUUCAGUAGCUUGGGAAUUAUGGAGCGCUACGUGCAGCGGUCGUACGGCACUGAGGGACGGAAGAUUGUCGUCCAGGACGUAAAGAUGGGCGUGGACGUCAUUCUGGGGAUUAGUAUGUUGUUCUUGUAUACCUUCCGCGAUACGCUGCGGCUGUGCUACAGUUUCAACGAGGCGUACGAGGACCCGGAGAUUAUCCAGAGUCAUUUGGAGGAGGUGCAGAAGGUGUUGGUGGAGGAGUUAUUGGGUUGA